AUGGAUUUUGACCGAGCGGCAGACAAGAAGCUUCUGUUUUCCUCCAAAUCGACCAAAAAUGUCAAGGUUUUUGGAUCAUUUGAAAAAAUGGACCUAAAACCAGACCUUUUGAAGGGAAUCUACUCAUAUGGUUUUGAGGCACCCUCUGCUAUUCAGAGUAGAGCCAUCAUGCAAAUUAUGUCCGGAAAAGACACCAUUGCCCAGGCGCAAUCGGGAACAGGUAAAACUGCUACAUUCUCUAUUGGUAUGCUACAGGUGUUGGACUUCAAGGCUAGACAGUGCCAGGCAUUAGUUCUCUCGCCUACCAGAGAGCUUGCAGUGCAGAUUCACACUGUGAUAAAAAAUUUAGGAAACUAUAUGAAUGUGCAUACACAUGCUUGUAUCGGAGGAAAGCAGGUUGGAGAUGACUUGAAAAAAUUGGCUCUCGGGCAGCAAAUCGUCAGUGGUACACCUGGUCGUGUGCUUGAUGUGAUCAAAAGAAGAAAUUUGGCAACGAGGAGUGUGAAAAUGCUCGUUUUAGAUGAGGCUGAUGAAUUGAUGACCAAGGGAUUCAAGGAGCAGAUUUACGAUAUAUAUAGACAGCUACCUUCAUCGGUGCAAGUGGUUAUUGUCAGUGCCACCCUUACAAAAGAGGUGCUAGAAAUGACCUCCAAGUUUACUACGGAUCCCGUUAAGAUUUUGGUUAAGCAAGAAGAUGUCUCCUUGGAGGGGAUUCUGCAAUAUAAAGUGCAAUGCGAGAAGGAAGAGUGGAAAUUCGACACGCUAUGUGACGUUUAUGAUUCGGUUACGAUCACACAGGCUGUGAUUUUCUGCAACACCAAGUUGAAAGUGACGUGGUUAGCGGAGCAGCUCAGGAAAGCAAACUUUGCAGUGGUAGCCAUGCAUGGAGACAUGAAACAAGAUGAACGAGACUCUAUUAUGAGUGAUUUCCGAUCCGGUAAGUCGCGGGUAUUGAUAUCAACAGAUGUUUGGGCAAGAGGAAUCGAUGUGCAACAGGUUUCUCUUGUGAUCAACUACGAUUUGCCUACCGAGAAGGAAAACUACAUUCACAGAAUAGGGCGUUCCGGUCGUUUUGGCCGUAAGGGUGUCGCCAUUAAUCUUUUAACGUCAAAUGACAUUGCCGGAGUCAAGGAUCUAGAGAGGCACUAUAAAAUUCGCAUGAAAGAAUUACCUCUGAAUCUUCAUGACCUAUAA